CCAUUACCUCGCUCGUGCUGUGUACUGCAAGCGUAAUACAUAUCACAGUGGUGUGUCGCUGCUCGAGUUGAUUUGAAUUAGUAGGGUAACGGUUGCUAAGCAACCGAGAAUACAACAAUUGUUUAUUGACUUUUUAAGGGCUAGUAUGUAGCUAUGUUUCAGUAGCAAUUUAAACGGAUUAAAAUACAGAACUAACAUAAAUCAGCAUGGCUGAUCUAAAGCCAAAAUCACCGCGUAAGCGUCGCACACGUGCCCGCCACCGUAAACGCCAAUCACAAUCGAAAAUCACCAAACAACUUCAGCCCAACAUAGCAGCGCAGCCCGAACCCACAGUAGAACCUCUCACCAUGCGAAAGCCUAAACCUCAGCUCAAUCCAGAUUACAUCCGAGAAGAGCUGGAAAUCAAGUCAUCCCUGGAGAGAUUCAAGAUCGAUGACCGAACCGAUCCUCUAGAUGACUAUGCUCGUGAAGUACUUUUCUUUGUCGAUUCCAUACCGGAAGUAUAUUACGACGCCCACGAGAAUCUCGAAGAUGUUACCGAGCAAACAGAACCCGAUCCGCAUGAGAAGUCACCCUCCAUUCAAACCGUUUCCAACGCUCAGGACUCUCCGACACACCUCGCUUCAUCGUACGUUCAACCCGAAGAGGAUCAGGUCAUAGAACCAUACACGCUGCAAAAGAUUACUUUUGAUGAUGAAAAUUUACUAUUCAUCCCGUCGAAACAUGUAUCGGACAUUAUUCCAACGCUUGAAGAAGUGUCUGUCCAUUCAGGUGAAGGAAGUGGAAGCGUGGCAAAUUUACGGAUUAAACCUAAUCUUGAUGCGGUCAAUAAAUCUCGCAUGAUAAAUAGACUUCUGGAACAAGAACAAGAAGAAUGGUUCGAUACCAGCGGUGAUUUAGCCAAUCUGCAAAACUUUAUAACCGAUAAGCGAGUAAAGGGAGUGUGUGGAAAAAAUUUUAUCCCAUACUUUGUGGAACCGAUGCCACUGUCCCAGACAGCAGAACAACUGCCAAUGGAACGGACAUUGAAGAUCUUGAUCGGGAAACUGCGUUUCGAGAAUCACCCUUCGUUCGACGAGAUAGUCCGGUUGCGAUUGAAACUGGAACAAUACUACAAGCAGUACUACACUAACAGAAAAUUGAAGGUAAUUCCAGUGCUGCAGCAAAAGUUAGACGAUUUGAGGCAAACAAAUGAGGAAUCUUCUAAUGCAGAUGACGUGGGCUUCAAGAUAGAACGUCGGGAAUUGCGUAAACUUAUAUAUAAGGAGGCGAAAUCCGAAAGACAGCAUGAGCAGCAGAUAGUGAAAAUUUGGAAGGAAUUGAAGGACAAAAAAUCUGAUCAAGGAUUAAAACUAACAAUCAAUGAUGAGGACACCGAUCAACAAGCGGAAAAAGAUAACUGGAACAACCGCUAUGCAACUGAGCUCGAAGAAACACUCGAAGAAGAGCACGAAUUAUAUAUAAAAGAAAAACAUGACUACAAAUCGUAUCUCCGUGACUUGGAGCAGAACAUCGACAAGGCUGAAAUAUUAACCGUUCAAAAGCCCAAAAAACCUGACAUUUCCCGACUAAAGCAAGAGUUUGAAAAAUCAUUCAAUGAAUCCUUCCGAGCACCCGAUGAGCCAUUGAUCAGCUUAGUGCUGCAAAAAGACACUCAGAGCGCCUUCGAGACAAAUUUGAAGAAAGAAUUGCGCUACAAGAUCAAAUUCUACAUCGACGAAAAGCACGUAGCCUCAACAAAAUCCAGACAAUUUCAAAACAAUUUCCUCGUUGAUUUUAAUACUUCGUUUUCGAUUAAACUGACGACGAAAAUCCCCGAAACGAUGAAGAUCGAGCUAUACGAAAAGAAUCGAUUGAAGAUUAAGCUGAAAUUGGCAGAGAUCUUCAUACCACUGCCGAGUGCCAACGAACUGUUCGAUGAUGAAGAAUAUGUGCAGUAUGAAUUUUCUUCAGGUAAACUUUUCAAACCAAACGAAUAUCGUAAUGGAAAAAUUGAUUUGAAAGUUGGUUGGUUAGAACAGGUUGGAUCAUGCUUCCCAAGUCCUUCCAAGCGGAGAACUGUGCCUAAGCGAGUUCAACUAUCGAAAGAUUUGAUUCAGAAAUGGUUCGAUGAGCAAGCACUCGAUCCAAACGAUUCUGAUGCUGAAAUUCUUAUGAAAGCACUGGAGAAAGGACGCCAGGAACAAGAUUCUGAUGACGAGAAAGACGAUCUUCAAGAAAAGGAUGAGCCAUUUGUUUUCAACGAAGAUUUGCUGGCGUUUUGCUCGGAGGAAGAGAUCAAUGGAAAUGAACGUUUGAAUAUGUUGAGUCAACGAUUCUACAGCAAUUUGAAGUAUAAGAACAUAAAGUUCAUUCCUCAACUGGAGCGAGAAGUGGAGAUUCCGGAUGAAACCCAAAUCAUUGAUGAAACUCUUGGCACGGAUCCUAUCGAUCUACAGCGACAUCGAGGGAAGAAAUACCUCAAAAAAGUCUACGAUACCAUAACCAAUCAUUGCAGUGUUAUAAAUCAGGACAAAAUCGAUGAUAAUUUGCUUAUAGGAGAUCAGAUACCUACAUUCGGUACGUUGAGUUUAGCUUUCUUCGAAAUUUUCGGUCCUCGAAGACCGCUGAAGCCCUCUAGGCGGUCUCCUAUGAGCAGAACUUCAAUACGAGUGUCGGAUGUGAACCAGUUCAAAAUAGUCGUUACAAUUGUGAGAGCAUUCGGUAUUCCCAGCAGAUCGGAAGACCAUCAGCUUUUGUCCGCCGGACGACGCAACAGUAACAUGUCAUCGACGAAAUUUUCAUUUCGAGCAUCUAAUGUUCGGCCAUACAUCACUAUAUCGAUUAAGGAUAAAAUUUUGAGAACUUCUACAGUAGAUGGGACGAACCCUACUUGGAAUGAGCAAUUGGCAAUUCCCUUGGACGCGAACAGCGAUCAAAUGAGAAAAUAUUUGAAUAUUGAUCUUUAUGACGAAUUUAUGGAAGAUCUUCUGGAAGAUGAUCGUUCAAGGCCAACGGAAGUCUACCAAAGAAUCUCGAGUAAAUGGCUUGGUCAGUUGCGAAUUCCGAUCAGCACAAUUUAUCUCAAUCAACGCAUUGAAGGAACCUUCGAAAUUAGAACCCCACCAAUUCUGUUUGGGUACACACGAAGUAACACUAAUGAGUCGCCAGAGUAUACUUCCAUGUUGAUUGGAUCCAGUCUACCGGAUAUGCGAGAGCUGACGCACAUUUCACUAUUCAUCAAUUUAGAGCCAAACGUUGAGAUUCCCAGAAUUGAUACCAAUGAACUGGAAUGUGUAGAAUUAGAGCAAACUAAGGCUCGCAUUUACCUGUGGUUCGAGGAGUAUCGCAAUGAAUUCCCUUCAAGGGCCAAACUUCCAUUGGUUACUCUGCUUAGUGGAAAGCGAGUGUGUGUUACAAGACUGCUCGGACCGGUAAAUGUACCUUUUGUUAUUGAUGAAAAUGUGGAACGCAUGAUUCGACGGUAUGUGUCAUUAAUUCCGGUUUAUUACAAUACGGACGCAUGUUCCCAGCUUGGCGGCAUUUGGUUGACAAAUAGAGAGAUGAUUAACAUAAUGUGCGCCUCUCCGAAGGAUUUAGGAGUUUUGCUAGUUUGUUUCUACAUAAUUCUGGAAUUCGAUGCCUAUCUCGUACUUGGACACAGUCUUUUGACCGGAGAUUGCACUUUCGUCUUGCUACGCGAAGGGAACGAAUACUUCAUAGUUGAUCCAACAAGUGGCAAAAAAUACAACAGCACCGAUACGUAUUGCCCACUAACUCGCAUUUACUACAUCGUCAACCAGGAUAACGUUUGGGGAAACAUACAGAAAGAAAACCGAGUAUUCCUCACGCAGUUGGAUGUCAGCAAAUCUGCUUACUGGAGACCACUGUUCAAUCGAUCUCAUGAAGCUCCAACUGGAUGUGUCCACGAUGGAAAUUUCUUGUACAAGAACUCUUUAAAUGUGCGUGAUCUACAGAAAACUAUUGAACGAAAGAUUAUGAAGAAAAUUGCCAUCUGGCGGACCCAUCGAAAAACUAUUUGGAAUAGAUACAUCAGUGAUCAGUUAAAAUACGCACUGUCUGCACUGGAGGUAGACCUUUGCAUGGAGACGAAUACAGACCGACACUUGGACGUGUUCAACCAACUUUUUGCCUCGUACAAAAUCAACGGAUUCCCAAUCAACCUGCCGUACACCAAUUUGUCGACAAUCAUAGCGCAGGUCAAAAGUACCGGAAUCCAUCUCAACUCGGAAAACAAAGUGGAAUUCUCGCUGGGGGUUUUCAUCAAAGAAUACCCCAGCAAUAUCUACUCAGUGUGGAUAUUUCUGGUUUCACUAGUGCCCAAAGUAUAGAACAGUGGUUCAUAACAUAUUUAGAGUGGCGUCCCUUUUUGAGCGUUCCGUUGCCUUUAGAAAACAUUAUAUCUAAAUGUUUUUAUAAUGAAAUUGGAAGUUUGUGAAAAUAAAGGACAAUGGGAUCUGAACUGUGCAUACUACGUGAGAGUUAAAAAACAAUUAGUA